AUGCCUCGUCCAUCCAAGAAGCAGCAGGCUGAGAAUAGAGCUCCAGUCCCUGUUCCCGCGCAACCUCAACAGCACAUGAUCCCCCAGGUCCCCCAGCCCCAGGGCAUUCCUCUGCAGAUGCAGCAGCCACUCCCUCACCAGGGACAGCUUGCUGUUGGUGCGCCGCCUCCCCAGGUGCACGGCCGUGUCGUCGACAAUGAGAGCUUCCUGCGAGUUCGUGACUCUGCCGUUGGUCGUCUGACUACCAUCUUGGAGCUGCUGCGCUCGUUCACCUCAGACUACAUUCGCCAGACCAACCUGCUCCUUGGCGAGCCCACUGCUGAGGGCGCCCAGGGCGAUAUCCUGGCUACUUUUGAGAAUGCCACCUCCCAGCUCAUUCCUCUCGUUCAGGGCGAGCUCGGCGCACCCAUUGAGGAGAAGAAGGAGCGCAAGAAGCGAACUCAUGACCCCAAUGCCCCUAAGCGCCCCUUGACCCCUUACUUCCUCUACAUGCAACAUGCCCGCUCCAUCAUUGCCAACGAUCUCGGCCCUGAGGCACCAAAGGGAGCUGUCCAGGAAGAAGGUCAGCGACGAUGGGCCCAGAUGGGUCCCCAGGAGAAGCAGGGAUGGAACAACGCCUACCAGUACAACCUUCGCCUCUACAAUGCCAGAGUCCACUCCUACAAGCACGGCAACCCUCUGGCCAAGGGCAUGGAUGAUACUGAGGCCUUGAAGUACGCUGAUGAGAACCACAUCCCUCUCCCUGAGCUCAAGGAGGCUCAGGCUCAGCCCGAUGCUGGACCCAAUGACCAGGACGCCAUUGCCGAGCAGCUCCAGCAGGUCGCCGCCGCCCCUGCUGUCGAGGAAGAGCUCGAUUCCAAGACCCCCAAGAAGGGCGGUGCUCGUAAGCGCAAGACCGGCGAGCCCAUUCUUGCUCCCGAUGCCACCCCUAUCGCCACUCCUGCCAGCCCCGACAAGAAGCGCAGAAGAACUUCUGGCAAGGUCGCCGAAAUCCAAGAAGAACCCAAGAAGUCAGGACGCAAGAAGACUAAGAGCUCUUAG